AUGUCUUCCAUCAGAAACGAACCCAUCGCCAUUAUUGGCAUGGCAUGCCGUUUUCCCGGAGGUGUAAAUUCACCAUCCAAGCUGUGGGAGCUCCUGGAAAAGCCAAGCGAUGUUGCCCAAGACAUACCACCAUCACGCUUUAAUACCGAUCGCUUCUACCACAAAGUUGGCAGUCACCAUGGAACGACCAAUGUUCGUCAAGCAUAUCUUUUGUCGGAAGACGUCCGUGAAUUCGAUGCCAGAUUUUUCUCUAUUCCCCCGGGCGAGGCAGAGGCUAUUGAUCCACAGCAAAGACUUCUUCUGGAAGUCACAUAUGAGGCUAUCGAAACCUCGGGUCACACGCUGAGUGAUCUUUCUGGGUCAGACGCCGGGGUUUUUGUCGGCUUGAUGUCCCAGGACUACUUUGCGCUCAACGGCCAGGACGUGAACUCGAUUCCCACAUUUGCUGCCUCCGGCACUGCUGCUAGCAAUGCCUCUAGUCGACUGUCUUACUUCUUUAACUGGCAUGGGCCUUCAAUGACGAUCGAUACUGCUUGCUCUUCCAGUAUGGUCGCCGUGAGCGAAGCAGUGCAGACUCUCCGGAAUGGCACCAGCCGUGUUGCUAUUGCUUGUGGAACAAAUCUUUGUUUGUCUGCCUCGACAUUCAUUACCUUGAGCAAGCUUAGUAUGUUAUCACCGACAUCCAGAUGCCGCAUGUGGGACAUUGAUGCCGACGGAUACGCACGAGGCGAGGGUGUUGCAUGCAUUGUCUUGAAGACUCUGAGUGCAGCCAUUGAAGAUGGUGAUAAUAUUGAGUGUGUGAUCAGAGAAGUUGGCGUGAACCACGAUGGCCGGACCAAAAGAUUGACCAUGCCAAGUGCUGCAGCUCAAGCAUCCCUGAUUCAGAACACGUAUGCUAGGGCCGGAUUAGAUCCGACCAGUGUGGCUGAUCGAUGUCAGUAUUUUGAAGCUCAUGGCACAGGAACCAAAGCUGGUGAUCCUCAAGAGGCCGAGGCCCUUAUGAAAGCAUUCUUCCCAAACUCUGAUUCUGAGGGAGAGCUCCUCGUCGGUUCCAUCAAGACUGUCGUGGGUCACACCGAGGGCACGGCAGGACUAGCGGGACUUUUAAAGGCUUGCCUGGCGCUUCAGAACGCAACAGUUCCCCCGAAUCUGUUAUUCAAUCGCUUGAAUCCUGACCUUGAACCCUUCACAAAACACCUUCGCAUUCCCACGGCCAGCCAGCCUUGGCUUGAACUGCCAGAAGGCGUACCGCGAAGAGCCAGUGUCAACAGCUUUGGGUUCGGAGGUACCAAUGCUCACUGCAUUCUCGAAACAUAUACACCAAAGCUCAGCGAUUCAUCAUCUACAGUAGGGUCGAGCCAGCUAAAAACAUGCUGUAUUCCGGUUGUAUUCUCCGCGGCAUCUGAUAGCUCGCUUCUGAGGCUAUUGCAGUCGACACUUGAAUUUCUGGAUCGCCAUGCAGUCGUCGAUAUGUCUGAUCUAGCGUACAGUCUCAGCACCAGACGCUCCCCUCUAAACAGGAGGCUCGCCUUGUCUGCUGCUUCCGUGAAUGACCUCCGGCGGAUAAUCGGCACUCUACUUGAGGAAAAGUCAGAAAAUGAAUCCCUUUCGCCUUUCAUUUCAGCUGCCCCCGGAACGGCUUCGCUGUUGGGUGUUUUCACCGGCCAGGGUGCUCAGUGGAAGGGUAUGGGAGCACAGCUUAUAUCAUCAAUUCCGAUGGUGCGAGGAAUUCUCGAGGAAUUGAAUGUAUCGCUGGCAACCUUACCUUCCUACCACCGACCGGCCUGGGAUCUGAUCGAACUGCUUACCGAUAGCACGACACCGGUCGAGGAAGCUACCUUUUCCCAACCUCUGUGCACAGCUGUACAAAUCGUUCUUGUUGACCUCCUUCGAGCUGCGAGAGUAAAGCUUCAAGCAGUUGUCGGUCACUCGUCGGGAGAGAUUGCUGCAGCCUAUGCUGCAGGAUUUCUUAGUGCACGAGAUGCCAUUUGUGUUGCGUACUACAGGGGAUUUUAUGCCAAAUUGGCCGCAGGUCCUUCUGGAGAAAAAGGGGCCAUGCUGGCUGCUGGGACUUCAUUUGAGGAUGCCAGCGAGCUUUGCCAGCUUGACGAUUUUGUUGGCAGACUCUGCGUGGCCGCUCAUAACUCUCCAACUAGCGUGACUCUGUCGGGUGAUAUCACCGCCAUAUCCGCGGCCCAGAGCGUCUUCGAAGAGGAAGAGAAGUUUGCAAGAGUUCUGAAGGUCGACACUGCAUACCAUUCGCCCCACAUGGUAACAUGCGCUACAUCCUAUUUAACCGCGCUAGAAGAAUGCAACAUCCAAGUUCUGCUCCCCAAAUCAGAUGCUCCACAGUGGUUCAGCAGUGUCCGAGAUGGAAAGGCUGUGGACAGCUCAGAAAAGCUCGAUGGGCAAUAUUGGAUCGAUAACAUGAUUCAGCCCGUCCUAUUUUCCCCGGCCAUCCAAACCUGCGUCACGUCUGUCGCCGGACCCAUCAACUGUGCUUUAGAGAUCGGCCCGCACCCUGCGUUGCAAGGCCCUGCGAAAGACUCGAUUCUUGCCGCGGUCAACCGAGACAUCCCAUAUAAAGGCACGCUAAAUCGUGGGAAGAACUGUAUGAUGUCAUUUUCUGAUGCCCUCGGAUUCAUUUGGGCUCAUUAUGGCUCUGCCGCCGUUCAACUUGGGGCCUUCCAGCAGACAUGUCAUCCUGGUACUCGAUCUACGAUGAUUCGAGGCCUCCCGACCUACCCAUGGACGCACGAUAGAUGUUAUUCUGCUGAGUCAAGGCUUGUGAAGACUUUCCACAGCCACCCUGUACCCUUUCACGAUCUGCUUGGUAUCCAAACGGCAGAUGGAGCAACGGAAGAAUGGAGAUGGCGAAACUUGUUGAACAUGAAUGAACUGAGAUGGCUCUCAGGGCAUUCACUUCAGGGUCAGGUUGUCUUCCCUGCAACAGCCUACAUAUGUCUUGCCAUGGAAGCGGCAAUGCAGCUAGCUCAGGGCAAACCGGUGCAGGCAAUUGAUCUCUUUGACUUAGAAAUCCGCAAAGCUAUAGCAAUCCACGACUCCACCGGGACAGAGCUUCUCGUAUCCAUGACGAAGGUGUCUACCCUUGACACAGAACCCGAGGAAAUAACAGCUGACUUCGCUGCCUAUUCAACAAUAAGCAAAGAUUCAAAUAAUCUGGCACUGAACUGCUGCGGUCAUGUGCGUGUGCUUUUAGGAGGGGGUUCAAAAUUUCAAUUCUCGCCACGGCAACCUCCGCUUGGGAAACUGACGGCAGUAGACGUCGACAGCUUCUAUAAGAUCCUCAGAGAAGACUUUGGUUUCGGGUAUGACGGCCCUUUCCGCGCCCUCGAAAGGGUGUAUCGCAAGUCAGGGUUUGCAACUGGAACAAUCCGCUGCGAGGGAUUUGAUGAUUCCGAGACACAUCUCUUAUUCCAUCCGGGUAUGCUUGACAGUGCUUUGCAAGGCCUUAACGCGGCACAUAGCGCCCCUGGAGAUGGUCGUCUCUGGUCUAUAGUAGCACCCACCUUCUGUCGCCGGGUUUCGAUAAUCCCAGCCCUUUGCGGCAAAAACAUGACAGAAAAUGUCGAGAUUGACUGCACUAUAACGGAUCCUCGUGAUGUGUACGUCACUGGUGAUGUUGAGGUGUUUUCGGAAGACUACAAAGAGAAGAUAAUUGAGGUGGAAGGUCUCACCUUCUCACCGUUCGCAGGAGCGACUAUUGAGAACGAUCGGUGUCUCUUCCAGGAGUCUUUCUUGUGUGUUUAUAAUCCGGACGCGGACAUCAUAUUUGGGGAUAGACAAGCAACACCUCAGGAAAGCCAGAAAGCUCUUGAUGCCGAGCGAGCCGCAUUCUACUAUCUCAAAACUUUUCAUCUUUCGGUAGAUCCGGAAACGCGCGAAAGCCUCCCUUGGUAUCGGCAGGCACUGCUGAAGAACGCUGAGAGACUUUUUCAGAUUGUGAAAGAUGGGAAGCAUCCGUUUGCUCCGCAAUCCUGGGUGCAUGAUACCCGCGAGGAAGUGCUUAGAAUGAUGGACGGCUAUCCGAGAACAGAUGCCGAUUUCAACUUGACGAAAGCUGUUGGUGAAAACCUCCUUCUACCCUCGGUGCUCGUGGGAGAGACUAGCAUUCUACAGUACAUGACAAAGGAUAACUACCUUGAACAGUACUAUACUGACGCCAUUGGAUUUGAGCUGCUCAACUCCUUGAUUGCUGGGGUUAUUGAACAGCUUUGCUUGAAAUUUCCUCGGAUGAAAUUUCUCGAAGUGGGUGCUGGAACAGGCGGUGCCACCAAAGCUAUCCUGGAGAGGAUUGCAUACGCUUUUUCGUCCUACACCUAUACCGAUAUAUCUAGUGCCUUUUUUGGCCAUGCUGCCAAACGCUUUCAUCAAUAUAUCAACAAGAUGGUGUUCAAAACUUUGGACAUUACAAAGGACCCCAUUCAACAGGAUUUCUCCCCGCAAGGUUUCGACGUUAUCAUUGCUUCGAAUGUCUUGCACGUGACCAUGUCCCUAAGAGCGGCUCUUCAGCAUGUGAGACAACUUUUGCGGCCUGGAGGCUACCUUGUCAUGGUUGAGAUUAUUCGCAAUGAUGUGAUGCGCCAUGGUCUUGUCAUGGGUGGCCUUCCAGGUUGGUGGGUGGGCGAGAAUGAUGGUCGUCACUGGGGUCCCAGUAUCACUCUCGAGGAGUGGGACAGCAUUCUCCGAGAAACUGGCUUCUGUGGCAUUGAGACCAACUCGCCCAUGCGGGAUCCCGUCGGCGUUCCCGGAUCCAUCAUUGUUGCUCGGGCACAAAAUGAUCAGGUUACUCGGCUGACCAGACCACUCAGCUCCAAGGCAAGUAGAGAAGGCCCUUCGCUACUGGUUCUUGGCGGCAGAGACCCCCUGGUGUCGCCUUUCAGGGACCAGUUAUGUCUCACGUUGAGGCCACAUUUUGCAGAUGUCGUCAAAUUGGAUCAUCUAGGCAAUCUGUCACAACUACCUGCGAGCUUCCACGUUCUCAGUCUCACUGAAUGUGAUACAGGAUUUUUCAAGGAUAUGGAGGAGUCUGUCUUUGAAAAUUUCAAAAGCGUGAUAGGCUCUGCAGCUAGCGUGCUCUGGCUGCUUCGGGGACGUCGAUCGGACAAUCAUCAUGCUGGGACAACCCUCGGUUUGUUUCGAACGCUCUUCUAUGAGGUGCCUGGCACAUUGUUGCAGACUUUGGAUAUCGACCAAAUAAAGAUGAGUGACUGCUCAUGCGUUGCCGAGCUGAUGUUACAGCUCAGACUUCAGGCGGAAUUGACCAGACAUGGCGAGUUGGAUCAGAUACUAUGGGAGUUUGAGCCGGAAUUAGUCCUCGAUGGGGGCCAACUUUAUAUUCCCAGGGUCCGUCCCCAUGAUGACCAAAACAAUCGCUACAACUCGUCCAAGAGAACAAUUAUCCACGACGUGGAUAUAGAAACGACUCCUCUGGUUCUGGAUUGGGUCGACAACUCGUAUAUGCUCAGGGAGCAUCAUGUCAUCGUGCCACAAAUAGAUGGUCUGCUUACGAUCAGGGUGUCCUGCUCCUUCUUGUCGGCAAUCAAGACACCCGUGGGAUAUGCAUUCAUCAGUCUUGGAGAAGAUGUGGAGACAGGGAACAAAACGCUUUGUUUCACGAACUGUAACGGAUCCAUUGUGAAAGUCGCGCAGUCUUGGACAAUACCUAUCGAUGAGGUCGAGGUUGAUGGACAGUUUAUGUCUUUCGUCAUUGCUGAUCUCACAGUCCAAUGGGUUUUGCAGAUGUUACCACCCACAGGUACUUUGGUGGCAUACGAACCGGACCCGGUUGCGGCGUCACUGCUUUCUCAUGAAUUGAGCAAACUAGGCCGGAAAAUUCUUUUCAUCACUUCGAGUCCCGAUGUGAGUGGUCGAAGUUGGGUAUAUCUUCAUCCCCGCAGCACCGAAAGAGCCAUACAGGCUCUUUUACCAGCGGACGUUACCCUGUUCAUCGAUGCUUCUGGAGUCGAGUCCAAAUAUCAAGGCCUAGGAUCAAAGAUUGCUGCCUCACUGUCACCCGUUUGCAACAAGAUCCGGAUGUCUAGCCUAACUGCAUCAGAAGCAUCUAUUCUUCCAAACGAAGCCCCUGAGUCCAUCACAAACCUGCUCCAUCGCGUUGCUUCCUUUGCUAGUUCAUUGUCAUCCGUACAGGCAACUCCGGAAGGUGCACCACUUGAGAUUCUGUCACUGAAACGGGUGGUCGCACCAUCCAUGGUGCCAAACUUUAGGUCGCUUGUUUACUGGCGAGAAGACCGAUAUGUUCCGGUCUCCUUCGAGCCCGUCAGCCAACGUCAAGAUCUGUUCCAGCCCAAUCGCACCUAUUGGCUUGCUGGUCUUGCUGGAGACACAGGACGGUCCCUGGCCGACUUCAUGAUUGCCCAUAACGCGCGAAGCAUUGUUCUAAGCAGUCGUGCACCCGAGGUGGAUGAAAGCUGGGAGCAAUGGCACAAGUCGAGGGGUGCAACUGUGCAAUAUUUUUCAGGGGAUAUCACCGACUUUGAAUCCGUCAAGCAGAUGUAUCAUGAGAUAAAUGAGUCCAUGCCUCAGAUUGCAGGCGUUGCGAACGGUGCCAUGAUGAGCUUCGAUGAUUUUCAAGCGGUCCUACGUCCGAAGAUCCAGGGUACCAUCAAUCUCGACAAGCUUUUCUCGGAUCCUGCCAGGCCUCUCGACUGGUUUAUUGGAUUCAGUUCCAUUGCGGCAACCGUUGGCAAUCCCGGGCAAUCAGCCUACACUGCUGGGAACUGCUUCAUCAAGGCGCUUGUCAAUCGCCGACGCAAGCAAGGUUUGGCAGGUUCCUCAAUCGAUAUCACUCGGUUGGUGGGUCUGGGAUUUAUUGAGCGUGAGAGCCAUGGUCGCCUGACAAAGGAGCACCAAGAGCGGUUAACCACCAGAUCCGGCACCAUUGCUAUGAGUGAGAAUGAUCUGCAUCAAUUGUUUGCCGAAGCAAUACUGUCUGGGCGCCCUGCCUCGGGCCUUAAUCCAGAGAUCAUCACUGGUCUCGCCCCAAUCACAGUUGACCAAUCCAGAGAUGCAUAUUGGAAAACGAAUACAAGGUUAACAUUACUUAUCAGGGAAAUAGGACAUGGCACUACGCAAGAUGGGGACAAGGGCAACGCUAUUCCGGUCAGGCAGCUAUUAGAGGCAGCUAAGACCAUGGACGAUGCGUUCAAGGUGCUUUCAAAUGCCUUCAAAUUGAAGUUACAAGCAUUGAAAUUUCUCUCAGACACCGAUAGCCUGUACGACACGACCCCUCUCGUCGAUAUGGGUGUCGAUAGUCUGGUGGCUGUGGAGAUGCGAUCCUGGUUUUUGAAGGAACUUGCUGUGGAUGUGCCCGUGAUGAAGAUUCUCGGUGGUGCCUCCAUCAGCGAUCUGGUGGAGGUCGUCGUGCAGAAACUUCCCCAAGAGUUAAUGAGUCGCCUGGAUUCCGAUUCGCAGCAGAAGAGCAGCAACGGGAAUACUCCAGUCAACGUCUGCGAAGGGGAUACCAAGGAGAAAUUACGGUUGAAACUCAAUAGCCCUGGUGCCAACGGUGUCAACGGUGUCGAGGGGUCUAAGGAAGUCAAUGAGGUCAACAGUAUGGAGAUCGCCGAUGAAAAUCAGGAGCACCAAAGCUCUGGCCACAUGGCGCCAGUCAUCAUCAGUAAAAGCACUGUUGUCUAA